AGAAUGGCCGUAAACGAGGUCUCGCCCGGACAAGAUGCUAUUGCUCGGCAAAUCGCCGAACUAACGGAGCAAAUGAGGUUACUCACCUCAAGAGGAGUUCAGCCAAUGCAAUCCAUGGCUGUUAAUGUUUGCAGGGCGUGUGGAGUUCAAGGGCAUGGAUCGGAGAUGUGCUCUUCGGCCUUCGAUCAAGACUUUGGCGAGCAACCGGCAGAUGCCAACGCCUUGCAGGGAUACCAGAACCGAUCGGUCAAUGAUCCAUUCUCCAACACAUACAAACCAGGGUGGCGAAACCACCCUAAUUUCUCUUGGGCUAACAACAACAACGUUCAACAGCCCCGACAAAAUUUCGCUCAACAAAAACCUUGGCCCAAUUAUGUUCCUCAACAGCAAAUGAGGCCGAAUUACCCACAACAGCAGUUUCAACAACAACAAAGGGGACCAAUUAUCGGGAUGCAAAACCAGGAGACAGGACAAGGUUCGUCUCACCAAGACGAUAGGUGGGACAAAGUUCUCCAAUUCAUGACCAACCAAGAGUCAUCAAUCAAACGCCUAGAAACCCAAGUGGGGCAACUAGCUACUCGAGUUGGAAAUAUUGAGGCUGAGGCAGACAAAGGAAAGCUUCCCAGUCAACCCACGGAGGCCAAAGCAAUAACGGUUUUGCGAAGCGGAAAGGUGGUUAAUGUCAACCUUCCAUUGCUAGACGUUAUAAAAAAAUAUGCCGUCCUAUGUAAAAUUUUUCAAACACUUGUGACGAGAAAGUGGAAGUUCGGAGAUGUCGAGAAGGUGGUCGUUUAUGAGGCGGCAAGUGCUAUGCAUCAUGACUUGCCGAAAAAGGAACGUGAUCCUGGGGGUUUUAUAAUCAAGAAUGCCCUCGGGAAUGGGAAAGAGGCUUCGGGGAUGCUAGCUCUCGGAGCAGGGAUCAACCUCAUGCCAUUCUCCAUUUUUCAAAAGCUUGGCCUUGGUGAUUUACGGUCAACCCGAAUGUGCCUCCAACUUGCAGACCGUUCGAUUCGCUAUCCCAAGGGGGUAGUGGAGGAUGUUCUUGUUCGUGUCGAGAAACUAAUUGUCCCAGUAGAUUUUGUGGUCUUGGAUGUCGGAGACAUACAAGAAGAUGGGAAGAAUCACACUAUCUUUCUCGGCGGACCAUUCAUGGCCACCACCAACACAUUGAUAGACGUAAACAAUGGUACAUUAAACAUGACGGUUUUGAGUGAAUCGGUAUCCAUAUCGGUUCGGGAAGCCACAUCAGUAUCCUCGAUAAACUUUGUCGAGGAAUGUGCCUUUGUUGAUAAGAUGGAUCCAUUACUCGUUGGGGUGUUACAGAAAAAUCGAAAAGCAAUCGGUUGGAGUCUUGGUGAUAUCGAGGGCAUCAGCCCUUCCACGUGUAUGCACCGGAUAAUAGAAGAAAGAGCUAAGCCAUUUCGCGAUAACCAACGAAGGCUAAAUCCGAAUAUGAUGGAGGUCGUAAAGAAAGAGAUAUUGAAACUUCACUCUGAGGGGUUAAUUUACCCGGUGGCUAGUAGCGAUUGGGUCAGCCCGAUCCACGUGGUGCCUAAGAAAGGAGGCAUUACCGUGAUAGAAAAUGACCAAAAGGAGUUGGUUCCUACCCGAAUCACUACCGGGUGGCGGAUGUGCAUUGAUUACCGACGACUGAAUGCGGCAAUAAAGAAGGAUCAUUUUCCGCUGCCAUUUAUUGACCAGAUCCUUGACAGACUAUCGGGCCACCAGUUUUAUUGUUUCUUAGAUGGACUCUCGGGCUACUACCAAGUGGCCAUAGCACCGGAGGACCAGCCGAAGACAACGUUUACGUGCCCUUUCGGCACGUUUGCUUUCAGGAGGAUGCCUUUCGGCUUAUGCAAUGCACCUGGCAC